CCCCGGCCGGAGCUCAGUCUGCCGGGUACACAGAGGGAUGAGGCCCGGGGAAGGCAGCCCGGGAACACACAUGGAUGUGAUGGUUUCUGGUUCUUCUCACUGGGAACUUUACGCAGCGCUGGAUGAACUUUACGCGCGGAUGAAGAUGGAUCAUGAUGUUUGAAUCAUCUCCAACCGGACUCUGGAAUCUAAAGCCUGCUCCUGUCUGUGCAACUUUCUGAGUCAGCACCUGAACCGGUUCCUCCCGGAGAUGGAGCCGGAGGAGGGCCGGCUCUCCGUGUGGGUCUGCCGGGAGGAGAAGCUGGUCUCCGGCCUCACCAAGCGGACCACCUGCGCCGACGUGGUGAAGGUCCUGCUGGAGGACCAGAACCUGCAGCAGGGCUCCUCGGCCGCCAUGCUGUCCGGCUCCCCGGGGUCCUACUGCGUGGUGGAGAAGUGGAGGGGCUUCGAGAGGACCUUACCCAACAAGACCAAGGUCCUGCGGCUGUGGGGGGCGUGGGGGGGCGAGCAGGACAACGUGCGCUUCGUGCUGGUGAAGACCGACGCGUCGCUGCCCAACACCGGGCCAAGGAGCGCCGAGGCCCGGGUGGUGCAGAGCCGGGACAGCGGGGGUCCCGGUGCGGGUCUUCUGAAGGGGACCACCACCAGGACCUGCUGGACCCCCGGAGCCCCCCCAGCCAACAACCCGGCCCAGGACAAGCAGCGGCGCGUCGUGCGCAAGGCCUUCAGGAAACUGGACAAGAUGAACAAGAAGAAGGACCAGGACUCCGUGGAGAAGAUGGAGACCCUGGUGCACAUGGUGGUCUCGCAGGACCACACCAUCCGGCAGCAGGUGCAGCGGAUCCAGGAGCUGGACCGGGACAUCGAGCGCUACGAGACCCAGGUCCACUUCGACCGGAUCCAGAGACACGGGGUGAACUACGUGCAGGACACGUAUCUGGAGGAGGACAGGGGGGACAGGGACCCUGCUGGGCCCGGGUCGGGGGUCCAGGACCUGGUGCAGCUGGAGGAUUACGCGCGGCGCUGCGAGGAGGUGCUGAAGCUGCAGGUGGAGCUGGAGGAGAGGGAGCUGCUGGUGGAGGUCCUCACCGGGGAGAUCCAGGAGGAGCUGAACCGACGCUGGAUGAGCCGGAGGCGGGAGGAGACAGGAGCCGAGGACCCGGAGCAGGACCCGGAGCAGGACCCGAACCUGGCUGCCUCCUCCUCCUCCUCCUCCCAUCCAGAUGUGGAGUCAGAUGCUGAGGAGGAGGAGGAGGAGGUGCAGCUGGAGGAGCAGAGGAUCCGAACGCAGCUGGACACGAGUCUGUACAUCGGCCUGAGGCUGAAGACAGACCUGGACUCCCUCCGGGGGGACCUGGACCUGAGUCUGGAACUCUGGGAGACCAAGGAGAGCGAGCUGCUGGAGCUGCUGGCCCGGGUGGAGGGCCUGGACCCGGCCCGGGUGGAGGGCCUGGACCCGGCCCGGGUGGAGGGCCUGGACCUGGCCCGGGUGGAGGGCCUGGACCUGGAGCAGCUGGGGGGCUCGGUGGUGGGUGGGGGGGCUGAGGAGCAGGUCCGGGGUCUGUCCAAGGCCUGCAGCACCAACGACGACGACUCGGACACGGGCCUGAGCUCCAUGCACAGCCAGGACUCCGACAACCCUCCGGUGUGCGAGUCGCUGGUGUGACCGAGGGGAUCGAACCCACGGCCACAGACUCAGGGGCCGGGAAUCAGUGUUGGACAGAAGUGGGGGGUGGGGUGGUCCUCCUUCCUCAGUACGGACACUGUUAUUCUAAAGCAAUAAUUUCUGUAUGUAUAGUCGUCGCACAAUAAGCUAGGAGAGGUGCUGCUCCACCGCUGACCUUUGACCUCCGUGUGGAGAGGGAACAGUAGACCACGUGUUAGGAGAAUUAGCCUCGAAGAGUUUUAAAGCAGAAGUCCACUUGUGUUGUGUUAGUCCUCAGAGCUGAUCACAGAGCGCUGAUAAGAGGGUUCAAUCAGAAAGUUUCCCUUUAAAAGGUCAACGCACAGGACAGUCUUAGGUCAUCACACACACA